AUGCGGUGUUACUCCCUGUUCAUUACAGCCUUCUUGGUUGUUGUAUCAAGUGCUGCCGAUCCUUUGCUCGAGACGAAGGACUUCAAUGUUACUCAAGCACUUCUCGACCAAGGCGUUGACGUAUCAGGACUACCUGUAUCUGCGGAGGAUGCAAAGCGAUCUGACACUGGCUGUGCCGCUGCUUGCGCCUCUUUGAAGAUCCUCUACGGCGAUACGACUGUUGAGACGAGAAAAGAAAAGGCAUUUGAGGAGUUUACAGGCUCGUAUUGGUCCUCAAACCAGGCAGAAGUCAACCCUUACUGUAUCUUCAUUCCUCGAAAACCGAGUCAGAUCUCUGUAGUUAUACUGUUGGCUCGAUUGGCACAAUGUCCGUUCGCUGCUAAGAGCGGCGGCCAUGCGGCCUUUGCUGGGGCUUCAUCCGUCGAGGGUGGUAUCACCAUUUCGUUUGCUAACCUGAAGGGUGUUUCUCUAUCAAAAGACAAGAAGAUUGCUUCAAUCGAACCUGGAAAUAUCUGGGGUCCUGUGUAUGAGGAGUUGACAAAGUCUGAUGUUAGUGUCGUUGGAGGCCGGCUCUACAAUAUUGGCGUUGGAGGAUUGACCACUGGCGGCGGUAUCUCAUUUUUCUCAAAUAUCUAUGGCUGGGCCUGCGACAAUGUUGAGAGCUACGAGGUUGUACUCGCCAAUGGCUUCAUAAUCAAAGCCAGCGCCACAGCAUACCCCGAUCUUUACUGGGCCCUUCGUGGUGGUGGCAACAACUUCGGUCUCGUCGUCAAGUUCAACCUCAAGACCAUUUCUCUACCUCAGGGUGAGAUGUGGGGAGGAUCCCGCGUCUACACAGAAGACAAGUUCCCUGAAGUCACAGAAGCACUCUUCAACAUCCUAAUGAACUCUAAAAAGGACCCCAAGGCCGGCAUCUACGUGGUUUGGAGUUACAAUGAAGGCAACAAGCUCUCCAUUCCUGCUAUGUACUAUGCCGAGCCCGAUGCCGGCAACGCUACUAUCUGGAAGGACUUUAACAAUAUUGAGGCUAUCUCUGACACCACUCAGAACAGAGUUCUCGCUGCGUGGGGCAAGGAGACCAUGAAUGACAGCCCUCCGGGACUUCGUGAAGUUUACUACGUUAUUACUACCAAGCUUGAUCACGACAUCUUGAAGUUUGCGAGGGAUUAUUUUUACAAGACCGUUCCUACGGUUGCUAAUAUUUCUGGCAUUGUCCCUGUGUUCGUGGUCCAGGGCAUUACUACUCCCCAGCUCAAGCAGAUGCAGAAGAAUGGAGGUAACGCUCUUGGUAUCGACCCCGAGGGUGGACCUCUACUCAUUUUGCAGUUAUGCGCUAUGUGGAAUAACCAGUCUGAUGAUGACGCUAUCUAUAGCUGGAUGUCUGAUAUCUUUGAGGUAGUGACCAAGGAGGCCAAGGCUCGCGGUGUCAACAACGACUACGUUUACAUGAACUACGCAAGUCAAUAUCAGGAUGUCAUUGCUAGCUACGGCUCGUGUAACAAAGCUAAGCUGAAGAGCAUUGCGAAGAAGUACGAUCCUCAACAGGUGUUUCAACAGUUGCAGCCUGGAUACUUCAAGCAGGAUAGAGCACCUAUUCCCAACUCUGCAUACUUCUCACACUAA